UAGUUGUGUAGCUAGAACAUCUUAAUAUUUAUUCACAAAGUUGGAACAUUCUUUAAACAUAGUACCUACUACCUACCGAUAAACAUUGACAAAACCAAAACACAUCAUAAACCCUUUCCACUAAAAGAGAUAGACAUUUCUUCUUUUUUUCUCUUUUUCAAGCAAAGUUUUAGGGAUUUAAGUUUGAAAAUUAGACCGGAGGAAGAUCUAGAACGAAACUAUAACAUGUACAAUUUUCUCAAAAAUCUACAGUGAAACUUUUUUCUGUUAAGGGCAAACUCCAAAAAUAGAAGAAAUCUUAGUUUUGACCGUGGUCAAUUUCCAGAUAAAGAGCAUAAUUGUCAAUAGGUGCAAUGCUUUUAUCGAUAUUUGUAUUUAAUAAUUCUAGUAGACCUGUGAUCUUACCGUCCCCUAUAUGUCCUAAGCCAACUGUACUGGCUUUCUUUAACACCUAUUUAUUUUUUUAUGAUUGUAUUUUACAAUUGUGGGCCUAUGUAUUCUAACAACAUCAGCGAAAGGUGUUUCCAAAACCGACAGACUUAGGUAAACGCAUUAAUACAUUUUAUAGGAUGUCGAUGAAGGUAAGUUUACAACAAGCAAGUUGAGAAUUUGAAUUUGCCUCCUAAAAACGCGCAACAGUUUACCGCCACUCUGCAGUGUACCACAACCUGUUGCAAUCACUCGUUAUCACACAUACACUAUCACAAAUCUGUCUAGAAAAAUUUCUUUUGUUGUGCAGUUUGCAUUAAAAUCACAAUUAAUAUUAAAUUCCAGUUUUGUUUCGACUUUUUGAGAAUAACUGAGAUUGCUAUUUGUUCACUGAAUUUCCGUGAAUCGUUAAACUAGUUAAAUUAGAUUUAGCGCCAUAGUAACAAUUUGUUUUCAGCAUUGUUGCUACGGUCCGAUUCGUGAGAAUCUUUAGAUUUUAAUCAUAAUAUCUUUGUCGACUGCUGUGACCUAACCUAACGUAUUGGGUCGUGUUUCGUUAUUUGGUUUCGAUUUGCGUUACAAUUGAAUUUUGCCUUGCCUGUUGAUCAUUUAUUAUAAGUUUUUAGUAGCAGCCCUGGACAGCAGUUUACGGUUCUACGUUGUUUUGGAAACUGUAUAAUAUGUUGAAAAUUAAACAAGAAAAUGAUGACACAGAAGAACACUCCCAUGAAGGAUCGUUUGAAGUCAUUGAAACUAAACCGUUAGAUGUGCAGUUUAAAACCAAUGAAAUUUCUAUAACAGAGGAGUAUUUGGUAAAGAAUGAAGACGACAAUACUUAUAAAGUUUUGAAGCGGUUGAAAAUUAAACAUGAAAACGUUGAAACAGAAGUCAUUGAACCUCAACCGUUAGAUGUGCAGUUCAUAAGCAAUGAAGUUUUUACAGCAGAGGAGUAUUUGGUAAAGAAUGAAGGCGACAAUACUAAUGAUAUUCAUUUUCCGUGUAAAGCGACAGAUACCACAAAUAAUAUAAUAAAAACCAAUUCUGAGGAAAAUAUACACAAAAUACGUCGGUUCGACUGCAAUAUAUGUCAUAGGAGGUAUUCAACCAAAAGUCAUAUAAUCCGGCAUAUUGCGAAGUCCCAUUCCACUACUUCCGUGGAAAAGAAAGUGCCUCAAAAAAAUGAAGUCAACCAUCGAAACAGCAAAAUCAAAGGGUAUACUCGAAACAAAGUAGACCUACUUAAUUGUGGUAUUUGUCUAAAAACAUUUUCAUCAAAAUCAAGCCUGAGAACACAUUGGCGUAUUCAUACGGACGAAAAGCCCUUCAAAUGUGAUGUCUGUGCAAAAACAUUCCGUCAAAGGGCUCACCUCAAGUACCAUAAAAGGAUACAUACUGGAGAGAAACCUUUUAGUUGCAAUGUCUGUGAAAAAAAAUUUGGUGAUCAGUCUUCCCUCAAAAUUCAUAAAAGGAUACAUACCGGGGAAAAACCCUUUGAGUGCAAUGUCUGUGGAAAGUCUUUUUAUAACCAAUCUAACCUAAGAAUACAUGAAAGGAUACAUACCGGAGAGAAACCUUUCAAAUGUGAUGUCUGUGAAAAAACAUUCAGACUACAAAAUAAUCUCAAAACUCAUGAAAGGAUACAUACUGGCGAAAAACCAUUUAGGUGCAAUUUCUGUGAAAAAACAUUUGGUCAACAAAUUCAUUUUAAAAUUCAUGAAAGGAUGCAUACUGGAGAGAAACCUUUUAAUUGCAAUGUGUGUGCAAAAACAUUCCGUCAAAAGGCUAACCUCAACAACCAUAAAAGGAUACAUACCGGAGAGAAACCUUUCAAAUGUGUUGUCUGUGAAAAAGCAUUUGCUGAUCGGUCUACCCAUAAAUCUCAUAAAAGGAUACAUACUAGAGUAAAACUUUUAAAAUGCGAAGUCUGUGAAAAAAAAUUUGGUGAUCAGUCUUCCCUCAAAACUCAUAAAAGGAUACAUACCGGAGAAAAACCCUUUGAAUGCAAUGUCUGUAAAAAAACAUUUGGUCACCAGGCUUCCCUAAAAACUCAUGAAAAGAUACAUACCGGCGAGAAACUUUUUAAAUGCGAUAUCUGUGAAAAAACAUUUGGUAGACAACAUCACCUCAAAAAUCAUGAACGCAUACAUACUGCAGAGAAACCCUUUAAAUGCGAUAUCUGUGAAAAAACAUUCAGUCAACAAUCUGAUCUUAAGAAACAUUCACGCAUACAUACCGGAGAGAAACCUUUUAGUUGCAAUGUUUGUGAAAAAAAAUUUGGUGAUCAGUCUGCCCUCAAAAUUCAUAAAAGGAUACAUACCGGGGAAAAACCCUUUGAGUGCACUGUCUGUGGAAAGUCUUUUUAUAACCAAUCUAACCUAAGAAUACACGAAAGGAUACAUACCGGCGAGAAACCAUUUAAAUGCGAUGUCUGUGAAAAAACAUUCAGACUACAAAAUAAUCUCAAAACUCAUGAAAGGAUACAUACCGGCGAGAAACUUUUUAAAUGCGAUAUCUGUGAAAAAACAUUUGGUAGACGAGAUCACUUCAAAAUACAUGAACGCAUACAUACUGCAGAGAAGCCCUUUAAAUGCGUUGUCUGUGCAAAAGCAUUUGGUCAACAAAUUCAUCUUAAAACUCAUGAACGCAUACAUACCGGAGAGAAACUUUUUAAAUGCGAUAUCUGUGAAAAAACAUUUGGUCAAAAAACUAAUCUCAAGAAACAUGCACGUAUACAUACCGGAGAGAAACCUUUUAGUUGCAAUGUUUGUGAAAAAAAAUUUGGUGAUCAGUCUUACCUCAAAAUUCAUAAAAGGAUACAUACCGGGGAAAAACCCUUUGAGUGCAAUGUCUGUGGAAAGUCUUUUUAUAACCAAUCUAACCUAAGAAUACACGAAAGGAUACAUACCGGCGAGAAACCAUUUAAAUGCGAUGUCUGUGAAAAAACAUUCAGACUACAAAAUAAUCUCAAAACUCAUGAAAGGAUACAUACUGGCGAAAAACCCUAUAAAUGCGAUAUCUGUGAAAAAACAUUCAGACUACAAAAUAAUCUCAAAACUCAUGAAAGGAUACAUACCGGAGAGAAACCAUUUAGAUGCGAUAUAUGUGGAAAAACAUUUGGUAGACGACAUCACCUCCAAAAUCAUAAACGAUGUCGCCAAAGUUUUCUCAAUAGCCCUAAAGCAAAAGCACAUAACUAGAGCCUCGUACACGUCUUGUGACUAUUUUUAAGUUUUAGUAACAAUUUUUUGUUUAAUAAAAAAUUAAUUUAUAAUAUAAAUAAUAAAUGUCAAAAAAUCAUAAAAUAAUUUUUGCAAUUUAAUACUACACAUAACUCACAAUUUAGUUCCAGUUAAACAAUACUGAUUAAAACAUUAACAGUUGCAAUACUAUCUAUAGUUACAGUUAUCCUACUUUGUCUUAUUUAUUUUACAAACUGAAAAUUAAAGUUAAAUAACAAUUAAAACAGUUUAAUUAACCAACAAUUAACAGUUGAAAAAAGUUAUAUUGUAGUUCACACAAUUAUUAGGUCAGAUUGAAGGUGGACAGAUGGGUUUUUUUUACCAGUGUGCACGUGUUGGUAUUUUAGGAGGCUUGUUUUUUGAGAAAAACAUUUUAAACAAACAAAACACAUUUGUAGAGCUUUUUGCCUGUGCGUACGCGUUCAUGUCGUAUGAGGUUAGAUUUUGUAAUAAAUGACUUUAAGCACACAGCACAUUUAUAUGGUUGUCUGAUGUCUUUUUUUGGUGAAACCCUCGGUAUACUUAGUGUGAAGAAUAGUUUUAGUUUUUCGAGGACAAUGUUUGUUAAUUGAACUUUUGUGGGGUUUCAUUAUAUGUACAGUUAUUUGUUUUUUAGUGCUUUAACUCGUAUUGUCACAUUUAUAGAGCUUUUCUCCAUUGUGCACGCGGCGUUUGUGUCUCGUGAGAUUGUGUGAAUGAGAAAAUGACGUUAGGCAUACAUCACACUUGUAUGGCUUUUCCCCAGUGUGCAUGCGUUUGUGUGAUGCGACAUUUGAGAUACAGGAAAAUGCCAUCGAGCACAUAUCACAUUUGUAAGGCUUCUCUCCGGUGUGCACGCGUUCAUGUACUGUACUAAUUGUAAGAUUAUUCUGCGGUAGUAUUUGAUUACUCGUACCAUUGAGA